AUGAAGAAAAUUUUUGGUGCGAAUAGGCAGGAAACAAACAAAAAACAGAUGUAUGGAAAACUUUUUACAGAGAAGAGAAAUCAAGAGGUUGGGGAAGAAUUCACCAAAGAAGCCACAAUAAUUGAAAGUAAGGCCCAUCAACAUUCAGUGAAGUUGUUAGAUUCAACCAUGUUUCUAGAUAAUGUCCAUAAUUUCGAGAUGAGGGCAGGUGCUGGAACUACAUUGUUUCUUCUCACGAUAUGUACCAAGAUCGAAAUAACAUAUAUGCCAUCAGUAGUGUGA